AAGACAUUAUUUGUUUUUACUAAAAUUAGGUCAGUCAAACAUGUCUCCCACGCUUCUCUUCACGCUCAUUUUCCUCGUCUCCAUCUUCGUCACCGCCCGACCCCAAGACGACGCGUCGUACUACGACCGAUGCCGGCCCUUCGCCUGCGGAGACAUCAACUUCUCCUUCCCCUUCUCCGGCUUUGCCACCUUCGGCACCGGCGGCCUCGACUGCAGCCUCCCCCGCUUCCAGGUCUCCUGCGACGCCUCCGACCACCCCGUCCUCGACCUCCCCGGCACUCCCUACCAGGUCCUAGCUCUCCACCCGGACAGCGAGGAGCGUAUUAUCACCGUCGUCAACGCCCAGCUCAUCAAGGACCUGAAAGCCGGCUCUUGCGACUCCCUCCAGAACCUUACCGUCCCGAGCUCCGGAGUCAAGAACGCCAACCUCACGCUCCCUCCUCAGUGGUCCCUCAACCUCACCUUCUUCAAGUGCGACUCCGGCACCGCGCUCCCCCGGGAGCUCGCCAACUCGACGGUGGUGAACGCGAGCUGCAGAGACGCGGAGCUUUAUCUGUGGAUGAACACAUCCAUCGAUCCGUCGGCCCCUUCCAAUUACUCGUACGGGGGAGAGACUCCCGAUCGAUGUAGGCUCGUGGAGGUGCCUGUGUCCGAUCACCUCGGAAUAUGGAGCAGUGAAUUGACGAACAAGAGUAAUAACGAGAUUUGGAGCUUCGUUCUGGAACUGAUGAGCGAAGGAUUUCCUCUGGUCUGGUCCGCCAUCCCGGAUUGCGACAGCUGCGAACUGAGAGGCGGUCGGUGCGGAUUCGACGCCGGUGCCGGAAAAGUCGUCUGCUUCUGCGGCGGCGGCUGUGGGAAGCCAGACAAGACCAAACUCAUUAUUGGUUGUGCAUUGGGAGGCUCUUCUCUUGUGCUCGUUAUGACCUUACUAUUCAUUUUUAAGAAAAGAAGUUUGCCAAUUCAGAAGACAUCCUGUUUUGGCAAAGACGAAGCUGCAGAAGAGACGGCAAAUGCAGAGCAAUUCAUAAGAACUUAUCAGUCAACCUUAUUGACCAAGUAUUCAUACAAGGACGUAAAGAAGAUGACCAACACCUUGAAGGAGCGAUUGGGUGAAGGUGGAUAUGGUACUGUCUACAAAGGAAAGCUGCCGGACGGGCGACCCAUCGCCGUCAAAAUGCUCGACAAGUCCAGCAACAACAGCCAGGAGUUCAUCAACGAAGUUGCAACCAUAGGCACGAUUCACCAUGUUAAUAUUAUCCGUUUGCUCGGUUUCUGUUUGGAAGGUUCCAAACGAGCUCUAAUCUAUGAGUACAUGCCUAACGGGUCUUUAGGAGAUUUGCUGCAUAAAGAAGGGCCGAACCUUUCUUUAGCAAUGGAAAGACUGCUCGAAAUUGCUAUAGGGGUUGCCCUUGGGAUUGAGUACUUACACAAGGGUUGUGCCUCGCGGAUAUUGCAUCUCGACAUAAAGCCCCAUAAUGUUUUGCUCGACGAGAAUUUCAACCCAAAAAUCUCUGAUUUUGGGUUGGCGAAAAUAUACUCCAGGAAUAGAAGUUUCAUAACCAUGACAGGUGCUAGGGGGACGAUUGGGUUCAUUGCUCCUGAAAUAUUCAUGAGAAAUCUGGGAAAUCCUUCUCAUAAGUCCGAUGUCUACAGCUUCGGAAUGAUGUUGCUCGAGAUGGUUGGUGGGAGGAAGCAUGAAGAAGUGAAGGGGACUGCAUCGAGUGAAUCUUAUUUUCCAGGUUGGAUAUACGACGAAAUUAAUGAAGAAAGAGCACAGGAAUUUGGCGAUCUCGUGGAAGAAGAAGUUGCUGUGUCAAGAAAGAUGGUUAUGGUGGGUUUGUGGUGCAUUCAAAUUAAUCCAAAGGAUCGGCCCUCGAUGACGCGAGUGUUAGAA